UCCAUUGUUUUGACCUGAGAUAAGAUUCUUGAAAGAUCUUACCAUCGCAUGAGAUUUCCUAUAAUCUUAUAGUGAUAUCUUACAAGCUAGUAAGAUCUUUCAAGAAUCUUAUAAUACGAUAUAAAAUAAGAUCUCUAAGACUGCGAUUUUUCGUACACUUUUUCAUACAGUUUCGUUUGGCCCACAAGAUCUUAUAUCUGAUUUUUUGACCUGAGUUGAUACAAGUUGAAAAAAAUUUAGUGAAAUCUCACCGGCAUACUCUAUGCAAAUGCUUAAGAGAUACUUCGGCAGAUCUGCAUUCAUCAUUUAGAAAAUGAUGCGAAAAGCAUCCUCAAAGAUACAUACUGAAUCCUUAAGGUUCUACAAAACCAUACAAAAUUACGUUUGACAUUUGUUGUUCAACAUGCUCCUAACAAGAUAUAGAUAGAAUCGUCUCAGAAUUUUCUCAAUUUAGGAGUUUCACAUAGUUUAUUAUUUAAUUACUUAAAUUCUUCUCUGAUAUUCAUAUAAAUGAUCAUUCUGCCAAAAAGAUUCUGAAUUCUUGCAAUUCUGAAAAAAAUCCUCAGAUCUCUAUGUUUUUCUAUCAAAAACUUACAUGGAAUUAGUAUUACUCUUUCUUCGAGAACCUCCUUACAGCAAUCUCCAGGUGUUAUUUUUAUGAUCAAAAAGAUCUUGGCAAGAACUAGAAGUAACAUAGAUGUAAGAAUCGUUAUCAAAUCCUUUUUUUCUCAUAAGAAACUAGGAAAAUACUUCUGACUUUUUAUCUGUGGAACGAGCAUUCUCAAAGAUGAAUGUCAUAUUUUGUAGCGCUUACUCCCACAAAAGAUGAGAUCCCUUCGAUAGCGACGAUUUCUUUUCUUUUUUGUUCAUUGUAGUAAUUCCUAAUAUUCCAGUUGGUGCCCGAUGGAAACAGAAUGGAGUGACCGUUGCUGGAGGCCAUGGAGAAGGCAAUGCUACCAAUCAACUCUAUAACCCUCAUGGUCUCUUCCUUGAUGAUGAUCAAACGAUAGUCAUCACUGACCAUUGGAAUCAUCGUAUCAUCCAAUGGAAGAUGGGUGAUACGAAUGGACAAGUAGUAGCUGGUGGUAAUGGCGAAGGAAAUCGAUUGGAUCAAUUGUAUCGACCAACCGAUGUAUUGAUCGACAAAGAGACGGAUAGUCUCAUUAUUUGUGAUUGGGGGAAUCGACGAGUCGUACGAUGGUCUCGUCGUAGUGGGACAACUCAAGGAGAAAUCCUCAUCGACAAUAUCGCUUGUGAAAGACUGGCCAUGGAUUAUCAGAGAUAUCUCUACAUCUCUGACAGCGACAAACAUGAAGUAAGCCGAUAUCAAAUAGGAGACAAGAAUGGAACUCCUGUAGCUGGUGGAAAUGGCAAAGGUGCUGGUCUCAAUCAACUCAACCAUCCGACCUACAUCUUUGUCGAUCAACAAGAGACUGUCUACGUGACAGACCAAAACAAUCAUCGUGUAAUGAAAUGGAAUAAAGGUGCAAAAGAAGGAAUUGUCGUCGCUGGAGGUCAAGGCCAAGGGAAUGCUCUGACACAAUUGUCGUAUCCUGAAGGACUAUUCGUCGAUACAUUGGGUACCAUCUAUGUGGCAGACUCGUGGAAUCAUCGAGUGAUGCGUUGGCCUAAAGGAGCGGAACAGGGCACUGUCAUUGUGGGUGGAAAUGGCCAGUUGAGUGUUCCUGUCGGUUUGUCCUUCGAUCGACAUGGUAAUCUCUAUGUCGUCGAUCAUGGGAAUUCUCGUGUUCAACGCUUUUCAAUCGAAUAG